AUGUCUUCCGAUGAACUCGUCGAGAAGUUUGUCAAACUGUACGGAAUCGCUCCAGAAGUGAGAAUCACGUGUCCCGGAAGAGUCAACCUAAUAGGUAGCCGCCUUGCUUCUCGCCCUUUCAGCAUGCACGCUUGUCUAAAUUCUAGGCGAGCACAUCGACUACCACGACUACGGAGUGUUUCCGAUGGCGAUCGCCGCCUCCACAACUAUUCUCGCGGCUCGCAACACCACCAACACCAUCGUCUUCACGAACGACGAGCCGAGAUACGAGCCGUGGACGUCGGAAGUUCCGAGCUCGUGGAAGGGAAGUUCGGCGCCCAAGUGGUUCGAUUAUCUGUUGGCUGGAUGGAAAGGAGUUCUGGAUAACGAGGGGCACGCGCAGUUCGGAAUGAGCAUCCUUCUCGCGGGUGACAUUCCCCCGUCCUCCGGCCUUUCCUCAAGCUCCUCAUUGGUCUGCGCUUCUGCCCUUGCCACUCUCUCGUUGAUUGUCAAGGAUCCAUUCGGACAUAUCUCGAAGUUCGCUCUACCGUAGCCCACGUAUCAUAUCAUUUUCCGGUUUUUCCAGGGAGGACUUUGCACAUUUGUGCGCCAAAAGUGAGCCGCUCAUUGGAACUCUCAGCGGUGGAAUGGAUCAGGCGGCCGAAGUGCUGGCAUCCGAGGGAUCCGCUCUCCGAAUCGAUUUCAAUCCACUUCGCUCGAAAAACAUUGCACUUCCGGAGGACGCCGUCUUCGUCGUUGUUCACUCGAACACAGAACUGAACAAGGCCGCGACGACGCAUUACAACGAAAGAGUCAUCGAGGGAAGGAUCGUUGCGCAGAUUCUCAAAACAAAGUUCUCGAUUGAUACUGAAAGUUUCCGACUGAAAGAGGUGCAGCGACUGAGCCGCAAAUCGUUCGAGGAGAUUCUGGAGGUCGUUGAGACGUUGCCCGAGAAGGCGAGCAAAGCGGAAGUGGUUGAGCUGAUCGGAGCCGACAGACUGGAGGAGUGUCUCACCGAAAACACGCGUUCGUGUGAGUAAUCCUCAAUUUUCCUGUCACCUCCCUCUUCUCUUUCAGUCACUCAAUUCAAAUUGCGGUCUCGCGCGCGCCACGUCUUCAGCGAAGCGCUUCGCGUCGAGCAAUUUGAGACGGCGUGCGAGCAGAAAGACAUUCACGAAAUGGGUCGACUGAUGAAUGACAGCCAUCGGAGCUGUGCGCUGGAUUACGAGUGCAGUUGUCGGCAGCUCGACGACAUUUGCCAGCUGUAUUUGGAGCACGGAGCACUCGGAGCUCGUCUCACAGGCGCCGGCUGGGGAGGAUGUGCUGUCGUGCUUUUUGCUGCCUCCGAUGUCCGAAAAGCCGCCACACUGCCGUCUUUGUUCGUGUCGAAGCCGGCACAGGGAAUCCAAGUUCAACGCUAUUGA